AUGGGUAACAGCCAGGGAAAGGAAGCGCAGCCCGCCUCGAGAGGCCAUACUCGGCGGGCGAGCGCCCAGGGCCCCGCCUCGCCCUCGGCAGCCGGAGCCAGCAGCGCGUCGCAAGAGCGAUCAGCGAGCGGCGUGUACAGCUCGAGGAACAACCGGGGAAGCACAUCCUUCUUGGGCAUUGGAGGCAGCUCGGAGCCACGCGACCCUGCCCUGGAACCGCGGAGAGAGACCAAGGCGGAGCGUGAGGCGCGGAAACUCGAAAAGGAACGGGUGAUAAGGGCCCAGGAGCGUGAAAAGAGUCUGCGAGAAGAGGGUGUAGAUGGCGGACGGCUCGCUCCGUUCUGGAAGGGCCUCAAUGACCACGAAGACACAUGGACCGAGCACCAACUCGUGGCAGUCGUCAACGGUCGACCACUCCCGGCUCCGGAUGAUAUCCCGCCAGAAGAGCCGCAGCGACCGAGCAACCACCUCAGCCCGGCAUGGAACCCGCGCGGCUCAGAAUCGAAUCUCAACAACCUCACCGUACCAAUUGGAUCGCGUAGCAUGUCGCAGAACUCGGAUCGGUCAAACACUCUAUCGCCCUCGCACCCCGCCUUCUCUCUUCCCUCGCCCACGUCCCCCAUCGCUGCCAACUCGUCAUCCUCGCCAUUCUUCCGUGGACGAGCAAAGACGCUUGCCUCGCUCGCUUCUGGUUCGCGCAACACUUCUCAAACCGACAUGGCCCCCCAAGAGCUGAAUCUGCCCAAGGACCCUUAUGUCAAUGGACAGCGUAUCGAGGCUUUUUUGUAUAAGAAUGCCGAGGAGUGCCCCAUUUGCUUCAUGUUCUACCCGCCACAUCUCAACAAGACGCGCUGUUGCGAUCAACCGAUUUGUUCCGAGUGCUUUGUACAGAUCAAGAGGCCCGAUCCCCACCCCCCGGAGCACCAUGGCGAUGCAGAGACUCCAGCCCCGGAACCGCAAGAGGAGAGUCAACUGGUUUCAGAGCCUGCGGCAUGCCCGUUUUGUGUUCAGCCCGAGUUUGGUGUCACUUACGAGCCACCUCCAUUCAGACGGGGCCUCGUUUACAAUCAGCAGGGACAACCACCCCUGGGAAGCGCCACUUCGGCAAUGUCCUCUACUUCUUCACUGAACUCGCCCGCUGUUACAUCUCCAGGACGCCGGAGGGCCACCUCGCUCGCGGUAAAUGACAAGACAGUCAUCACAACUGACAUGGUCAGGCCUGAUUGGGCGAAGAAGCUGUCUGAUGCAAGAGCACAUGCCUUGAGGCGGGCUGCAGCGGCGACUGCACUGCACAAUGCGGCAUACAUGAUGGGGAACAUUUCGCAACAUGAGAGCCGGUUCGCACUGGGUAGGAGAAGGCGGACCAUGUUUGGUAGUGACAGUGCUGGAAGCAGCGGGCAAGGCACGCCUCGACGAGACCGCGAUCCAUCCACUGGCCAAGCCGGCGAAGCAUCGAACGAUCUCUUCCCGGGCCGCGGCAGUUCGCGCCGUGGAAACAGGCUUGAUGACCUCGAAGACCUCAUGAUGAUGGAGGCUAUCCGAUUAAGUCUCGCUGCUGAGGAAGAGCGGAAGAGGAAGGACGAGAAGGAUGCGGCCAAAGAAGCCAAGAAGGACGGAAAGAAGAAGGCGAAGGAGUUGAAGAAGGCGGCAAAAGCCCAAAGCCGUAUAGGAAGCGGAUUCCACCCUCUUGACAUCGACGGUCUUGACGAAUCGGGUGUUGGAAGCUCUUCUGCAGCCGGCAAAGGAAAGGAGGUGGAUCGCGCAGUUGGAAAUGUGGGCUUCAACCCCAUGAACGAGCCCACUUCAACCAUCAACACCUCAAGUGCCAAGGAUGAUCCACAAAAGCAUCUCGAGACCAGCCGAGCUCAAAUUCAACGGGACACCAGUUCAAGCAACUUGGGGCCAUCCGACGCUCUUGAAGAUCAGCCAUCUCACCGUUCAGCACUACGCAAUCUGUCAAACGCUUCUUCUAGCGCUUCUUCGUUCGCAGAAUCCUACGAGAACUCACUUCGUCAGCCAGGCCAAGAUAGUCUCGCACCCGGUUCAAUCGAGCCAAGUCCGAGCGGCUCAGGUGUAAACCUCAGUCAGACUGACACGCCACCACAAGGCACGCCUGGCACGGAACCCAUGUUCAACUUCAAGAGCCUCGCUGAUUCGAUCACUCCUGAGGAACAAGGCGAGAAGGAUGGUGGACCACAGUUUAUUGAGAAUGUCGAAGGCGCGCAUGAGACUUCCUCCAAGGCACCUUUAGCUUCCCAGUCCCCCAAGACUGAGCCAACCACACAACCGCAUGAUUCGGGGCUUGCAGACAGUACUAUGACACUUAAGCCGACACUGCCUUCGCUCUCGAUUGACAACCAGAACGGAGACGAGAUCAAACCAGCGCCGAGAAUCGAAGCGGUCCAGAAUGGCCAUUCCGACCUCGAUUCGAAACAGCUUGGCGAUGUGAGCAUGAUAGACGGCUAUCAUCACCACGCUACUCAAUAG